ACAGCAUACGGAAGUAACGGGCAGUUGGCCGGAAGUGGGGCUGUGCGGCCCGGGGGUAGCUGGAGGAGUCGCCGAGCCGCGGCCACUCGCGGGAGUGGCGGCUGGUGUUGCGGCGCCCGUGCUCCACAGGCUCAGGCUAUUUCUGAUGCUUGGAAGCCAUCCUUUCAGCCGUAAGGAUGGUAAUAAAUCUUUGCCUCCCACAGUUCAGACCAAGAAUUUACUGCAACAAGAUAUCAGCUGAUGGUUAUGAAGUAGAAAAUCUCAUCUCUGAAGACCUCACAAAGAGAAGUCAUGGUUUUAGGACAGAGUAUUUCAUUAAGCCACCAGUCUAUGUGACAGUUUCCUUUCCCUUCAAUGUGGAAAUCUGUAGGAUUAACAUAGACCUCACAGCUGGGGGAGGUCAGAAUGUCACUGGCCUGGAAAUGUAUACAUCUGCCUUGUCCAGCAGAGUGUCUUGGAAUACCCCCGAGUGCCAGACCCCAGGCUCAGAUGAGCCAUCCAUUCCGGAGAAAGAAGCGUUCACUUUGGUGGGCAAAGUCUUGUUGAAAAACCAGAGCCAAGUGGUGUUUAGCCACAGGGGCUUCAAAGCCAGGCCACCUUUUGGCCCGAUGGAAGCCACACUUCCCUCCCCUGCUGUUGUGGCCCAGGAGCUCUGGAAUAAAGGGGCUCUUUCUCUUAGUCAUGUGGCCCAUCUCAAGAUUUGUAUCACCCAUGUGACAGGCAGUGGUAUCCCUUGUAUCAAGCGGUUGGAAGUAUGGGGUCAGCCAGCCAAAACCUGCUCUCAGGAGGUGAUAGACAGUGUUUUGCUGGUUGCCUCAGAGAGCCUCCCUCAGGACUUGUCUCUACAGGCCCCAGCCUUGCCCAUGGAGAGUGACUGUGAUCCUGGGGGCCAGUCUGAGGGCCAGCAGGCCCCCUCCAGCCUCCUGGAGCUGGCUGAGGUAAUUCGGGAUGUACCUGAAGAGUUCCUGGAUCCCAUCACCCUGGAGAUCAUGCCUUACCCCAUGCUGCUGCCCUCAGGCAAGGUCAUUGACCAGAGCACGCUGGAGAAGUGUAACCGUAGUGAAGCCACAUGGGGCCGAGUGCCCAGUGACCCUUUCACAGGAGUAGCCUUUACUCCGCACUCCCAGCCCCUGCCUCACCCCUACUUGAAGGCCCGGAUCGACCAUUUCCUGCUCCAGCACUCCAUCCCUGGCUGCCACCUGCUUGGGAGAGCACAGACUGCAUUGGCAGUGACCCCUUCUUCCAUUGCUCUGCCCUCUCAGAAAAGGAAGAUGGAGCAGGGUGAACAUGCCCCAGACAGUAGCCUUGGCUUAAAUGCUUCCUGUUUUUCUACCACAAGCCUUCUGGUCUCACCCACUACCUCAGAGCACACUGCUAAGAAAAUGAAAGCUGCCAGUGAGCUCAUGGAUUGUUCAACAGGUCCAGUAUCCCAUGAGCAAAAGCUGUCGCAAAGCUUGGAAAUUGCCUUGACGUCAACCCUUGGCUCCAUGCCCUCCUUCACAGCUCGGCUGACCAGGGGACAGCUCCAGCACCUCAGCACAAGAGGGAGCAGUACUUCCUGGAGGCCAGGCUCCAGCUCGGAGCAGCCUGGGAGCAUCCUGGGCCCCGAAUGCACAUCCUGCAAAAGAGUGUUCUCUCCCUACUUCAAAAAGGAGCCCGUGUACCAGCUUCCCUGUGGCCAUCUCCUGUGCCGGCCCUGCCUGGGUGAGAAGCAACGCUCCCUGCCCAUGACAUGCAUAGCCUGCCAGCGGCCAUUUGCCAGCCAGGACGUUCUGCGGGUUCACUUCUGAGUGACUGGCCUCAACCUGAGAAGACCCAUCGCUGGGAGGAGCUGAGGAGGAGCGAGUGGGGGGUCAAAGCUCCUGGGGUCUGGCCAGGUCCCAGGCACAGAGGGGCCUCUGCUUUCUCGCGGGCUUUCCCUUUGUCUCCUCCCACAGCAUAGCACAUGGGCCUGCGGUGUGAGGGGUCAGGGAAGGGGCUCUCCACGCCUGCUCAAGUGGCAAUAGGAUAACAAAGCCAUAGUUUGAGCUGGGAGGGAUGGGGGAGAUGUCCCUGCCCUCCUGUGCCUCCCUGCCAGCACCCCCCUGCCAGAGCCCAGGGCCUGCUAGAGCCAGCCCCACCUUCUGAGGCCCCCCAGGUCGUCUGCACACACCCCUCAGCCUACAAGGUGGAUGUGAAUGUGGCUCGGGAUCUCAGAGAGAGCCUCCACCUUCAGUGUCACCCAAAAGUGGAGCAUGGCAAGGAUCUGUGGAGUAAAUGACUCAGCUCCUCUGACUGGCAAACCACUCCGAGCCUUAAUAAAGCAAUGGUUGACGUCC